ACAGCAGCUCGUCUUGCUCUGCUGACCCGAGACACAGGGGAAGGGUAGGGCGAACAUGAUACCAUCAUAUUACCCGCACUUAUCCAAGGCCCUGGCGCUGUCCUGCCUUCUCUGCUACACCAUCCGCCGGACACAAGGGUUUGCUUUAUCUUCGAGUUGUGCUUCACGACAAAACAACUGUCGCCGUGGUCGGCCUUCAGGAGCCCCAGCAGCAGUUGAUUUUGGGAGUCGUGCGGCGGCGGUAGCACCUGAGUGGGCAACAGGCUGGCGUGCCGAUGAAGUUCGUGCAAGGCGAAUAGGACGGCAACGCGAGGCUUGGCGAUCACCGAGUAGCCGGCGAUGCGCAUCACAAACAGCUACGGCAGCUGAGGGCGACACUGACGAGGAGGAGGAGGAGGAGGAGGAGGAGGGCGGCAGCGAAGAGCUCUUCGACGAGUUGCCGGAAGAGAUCGAGGAGGUACGGGGGGCGUUCUUGGACCGUCCGGGGCAGAUGCUGGACGUCGACAAGAUCUUGAGGGAGACGGAGCACAUCGAGCACGACGACAUUCCGGAGGGCUUCCGCACCGGCUACGUGACCAUCGUCGGCAGCCCCAACGUGGGCAAGAGCACCCUGAUGAACAAUAUGAUCGGGGACAGGCUCUCGAUCGUCACCCCCAAGGCGGGCACGACCCGCCACCGCAUCACGGGGAUUAUGACGGGGGACGACUUCCAGAUGAUCUACCAAGACACGCCUGGCGUCCUCACGCCCGCCUACAUGCUGCACGAGGGCAUGAUGAAUUUCGUCCAGGAAGCCAUGGGCGACGCCGACGCGAUUCUGUUUGUCACGGACCUCUUCGAGACCGAUUUCGCCAACACGCAGAUUUUCGAGAGGAUGCUGGCGGCAGGGAAGCCUAUCGUGGUGGCUGUCAACAAGGUUGACCUUCUCCCUUCCGACGGCAAGAGCGGGGACGGCCCCGAGCGCCCGGGGUUGCUGGCCGCAGGCACCCAGAAGGAGGUGGGGUCCCUGACGGACGUGCUGGGCAAGUGGGAGGAGCGCCUGCCGGGGGCGACCGUCCUGCCCAUUUCCGCGCUGGAGGGUAUCAACACGGUCGAUCUCGCAGGCGAGCUCAAGAAGCACAUCCCGGAAGGACCCCCGCUGUUCGGCACCGACGUCAUGUCGGACAAGCCGCAGCGCUUCUUCGCGGCGGAGAUAAUCAGGGAACAGAUCUUCGGGAGCUUCUCGCAAGAGAUCCCGUACUCGUGCGAGGUGCUACUGGGCAAGUUCAAGGAGAGAAUGGUGGAGACCGUGAUUGACGCGACGAUCGUGGUGUCUCAGGAGUCUCAGAAGGGUAUGGUGAUCGGCAAGAAAGGGGCCAAGAUCAAGGAGGUCGGCAUCAAGGCCAGAGUGGCCUUGGAAGAGCACCUGGGCACUAGGGUGAACCUCCGACUGAACGUGAAGGUGGACAAGAACUGGAGGCGAAAAAAGACGUCGCUCAAGGAAUACGGGUACAUGUCGUGACCUGUGACGGCUUGACCACACACGACCUGCCUGAUCCACGAGUCUUAAUUCGUGCAUGUUUUUUUUUUUUCUCCCAUCAUUGGACUCUGUCGUCUGCCCCUCUGGCCCCUAUCCUCCACCUCUACUCAUCUCAUUGGAUUCUGUCGUCUGCCCUUCUGGCCCCUAUCCUCCACUUGUACCAGACCCAACCGGGGUCACACAGGAGGGGGGGUUGGACCCCCUCCUGCGGUUCCUGCCUGAGGCUGCGAGGUUACCCACUAGACCGCCGGGGCGACCGGUGUCAUGUGUCGGUAACUGUAUAUCUCCCUUGUGGAAUUCUAGUGUCCGAUUGUGUUGCAUGUCGUGGUUUUAGAACGGAUUUAUGUCACGAACCGAUGGCGAUGUCGGCUCUCCUCAAGAUCCUGUUCUGUGAAAUCCGGUAUUGCAUUCAUGUGGUGGACUAAUGUAGACUUAACAUGUCGUGGUUGCCUGCACAACACAGCGUAGGGCACCCAACGGAUAAAAGAGAACAAUUUGACAAGAGGCAUUGCUGUGUAUGGGUGAGGAGAGAAGUACACAGCUUCUUCGCGGUCUUCGCGGGCUUCUUGCUGACCGGUUCCUUGGAUUCCGAAGCGUCCUAAUUUUGGUUGAAUUGCUCGUCUUGGUGCGUGUUCACCCCGUCUACGGUUUGAGUGCAUCCACCCGAACGCGUGAACCCACAGCAGUCAACUUGUUUGUUCUCAAGGCGGGGGAGAGGGG